CCGGUGUUGUAGGCCUAGCCUAUAUGGGCUACUUUAGGCCAAGUAGGCCUAAAGGAUCUACAGUAAAUACUUCUACAUUAUUUAGCCUUCCUUAAUGUUUGUCCCCCCCCCACACACACACACACACACACUUUAUUGUACUAACCGUAAUACACCACCAGAUGGAAACCCAAUCAAGGAAACCGGAAAACGAUAGGCUACGUAAUAGGUUGGCUCAAACUCAUUCAACAGACCCGUCUGUGCAGUAGGCUAGUAUUAGGAUAGUAAAAGUAGCCUUCUCCUGACAGAAAUUGCUCUCAGGAAAAGCGGAUAACCGUCAAGAUAGGCUAUAGCCAGGCUAGGGGGCAUUUGUUUGCAUGGAACUGUAACCUUUGAGCAAAUUGAACCCCCAUUGGUUUAAAAGAGCUCAAUCAAUGCCUUCUGCUGGUAGGUCUCCGGUUAAAAUUCGUGAAUGUAGCCUAAGUAGAAUGCUAACUUUUAUAACAUAGACCUAAUUUAGUUUACAUUUUUUACAUUCCACAAUUUUGCAAGCCCAAAUUGGCACUUCUAUCAAACUGACACUGGUUACAUGAGGCAUCAAGGCUACAGUGUAGGCCUAAUCAGAUAGAAACAAUGUUUCUCUCUUGUUUUCCAUGGCUGUAACGCAGAGCCGUGCUGACUACAUGACAAGGACAGGUAAUCAACCUGUGGAGAAAACAAUGUUAAAGUGUGUUGCUGCCUUCACGUCCUGUCGGAAAUAUCACGAUGAAACAAAAACCGCGAGCCAACAAUGUGUAGGCCUAGCCCAGGCUAGGCAGGCGUGGUAUGCAAUGUGUUCUAAUUGUAGGCUAGGCUACAUGUGUUUAAAAAGCCUCGGUGCCUCGUGAUUAAAUGUUGAAUGUCAGCUAUCAGUUCGCUCAUCAACUUCUAAAAGCUGAGUUAUUAUCACAGACUGUAUACAACUGCGUUAUUCUUCAUACACAUGUGGCUGUAGUCACGACGAACCUCAGACUAUCGGAAUUUCUGCACCAGUCGUUAACUCUGUGAAGGCAGCAUCUCAGUCAUUGCUUCCGUUGGCUGACAAACUCGCCACUCACCGUCCUCAGCCCGCCCAGAAGCAUUCAGAGCGGCAUGGCAACGGCGACGAGACAGGGGGAGAAGGUGUGGCGAGGGGUGACAGUCUAACCGGACCAGAGAGAGUGCAGCAGCAGUAGCACUAUUUCCACUCUUGGCUGACUCAAGAAACGCACCGUGUGGGACCUCGGCCAGUCAGCAGUCACACACACACACACACACACACACACACACACACACACACACACACACACACACACACACACGCACACACACGCACACACUGAUAAAACGAUGCACCACCGCCGCCGCUCCGCACAGUCGCUGCCGCUGACCAGGUGUUGGACUAAACAACAGGGACGUCAUUAACGUGACAUAAGAUAGGCUACAACUUGUAUGUAUGUGCUGUGCGCCCAUCUCCCUGGUCCCGUACACAGACGACCGUGAAGAUGCUGAGUCGACUGAUGAGCAGCAGCAUCAGGAGUCUGGACAGGGAAUGCAAUUGCACUGUGAGGCUGCUGGACGACUCGGAGUACACCUGCACGAUUCAGCGGGAUGCCAAGGGACAAUACCUGUUUGACCUCAUCUGCCACCAUCUCAACCUGCUGGAGAAAGACUACUUUGGCAUUAGAUAUGUUGACCCAGAUAAGCAGAGGCUACAGUUGCAUUGGUUGGAGUUUACAAAGUCAAUUGCCAAACAAAUUAAAUCCCAGCCUCCAUUCACCAUGUGUUUGCGUGUCAAGUUUUACCCGCCAGACCCCGCAGCCCUAAAAGAGGAAAUCACCAGAUAUCUCGUCUUCCUGCAGGUUAAGAGGGAUCUCUACCAUGGUCGCCUUCUGUGCAAGACAUCAGAUGCUGCUCUGUUGGCUGCCUACAUAUUACAAGCUGAAAUUGGUGACCACGACCCCGGUAAACACCCAGAGGGCUACAGCUCCAAGUUCCAGUUCUUCCCCAAGCACUCAGAGAAGUUGGAGCGGCGGAUUGCUGACAUCCACAAGACUGAGCUAAUAGGUCAGAGUCCUGAAACGUCAGAGCUCAACUUCCUCCACAAGGCUCAGAUGCUGGAGACGUAUGGAGUGGACCCUCAUCCAUGCAAGGAUGUGUCUGGCAACCCAGCUUUUCUGGCCUUUACUCCUUUUGGAUUCACUGUGCUGCAAGGAAACAGGAGGAUCCAUUUACUGAAAUGGGAGGAGGUGACCAAACUCAAGUUUGAAGCAAAGACAUUCCAUAUAUAUGCAAAUCAGAGGGAGGAUAGGAAGAUCAUACUGACAUACUUUGCACCUACACCUGAGGCCUGUAAGCAUCUGUGGAAGUGCGGAGUGGAGAAUCAAGCCUUCUACAAAUUGGAAAAGUCAAGUCAAGUCCGCACUGUGUCCAGUAGUAAUCUCUUCUUCAAGGGUAGUCGCUUUAGAUACAGUGGAAAGGUUGCAAAAGAGGUCAUGGAACAAAGUGCCAAAAUUAAGAGAGACCCCCCUGAGAUACACAGAGCUGGCAUGGUGCCAAGUAGGAGCUGUCCAUCCAUCACCCACGGCCCUCGUUUGACCAGUGUGCCCAGGACCCGACGGAGAGCUGUGCACAUCUCCAUCAUGGAGGGUCUGGAGUCCCUUCGAGACAGCGCCCACUCCACACCUGUGCGAUCCGUCUCCCAUGGCGAUUCCUUCAUGUCUUCUCGGGGCCACAUGAUGGACGGCAGCGAGGCAAGCACGUCAGCAGUCAUCUCAGACGAGGCCUACAGCCCCUCCGACAGCGUGCUGCCCACACCUGUGGCCGAACACGGGAUGGAGAUGCCUUUGCCUCGUCACCUUAACGGUGCCGCCUGCAGCAACGAUGAGAAGGAGUCCGAGGCAGGCACGUCGAAGGAUGGCCACGCAGCGGAGUUUUCUUCCGGCAGGAGGGCACUGCGUAUUGUCAGGGGCAGGUCAUCGCCACCGAGCGACGUGGAGGAGCUGAACAAGUUCAUCCUGAGCGUGUUGCGUCUGUUCCUGGUUACCAUUGGACUGCUGUUCGCCCUGCUGCUGCUCCUCAUCAUGCUGACAGAGUCAGACCUGGACAUUGCCUUCCUGAGAGACAUCCGCAAGACACCUGAAUUCCAGCAGUUCCACUUUGAAUACUUCUGCCCUCUGCGGCGCUGGUUUGCCUGUAAGUUACGGUGGAUGGGAGGUUUCCUCAUCAGCAACUGAUGCAGAGACUGAAUGACACAACACAGGCUUCUACUGAUGAAUAUGGGACACAUACUUUACAAGAGAGAGGGUGGGAGGAGGAGUGAUGGCAUCCCUAUUCCUAAUAUCAACUCUGCUUUUCCCAAGAACGAGUUCCUGUCCCAAGCCACGGACUGUCCCCUGAAGAGCCUCGUUUAUUAUGUUUGACCAUCACUGCGAGCAAAGGAAAUCACAUUUUACUUUGGAAAUUCAGGUCAUUUCAAGACAUUUUAUUUUUACACAAAGCCACAGCAUCAGGGUUAAAUUCAAACACUGAAAGGGACAAGCAAGUCUGACAGACUUCACUUAGUUUACCACAGAUGAUAGUUGCCUUUAUUUUUGUAUUAAUUGAUAUGUUGCAACAUUAUUGAAAGACAGAAUGACCUGAUGUGUU